CACGAAGGUGUUUGUGGGAAAGCGGCGCCAAGAUGGCGGCUCCCAUACUGAAAUGGAAGCGCGUAACGAACUGCAGCGGGCCGGUCCCGAGGCCUCGCCACGGACACCGCGCCGUCUCCAUCAAGGAGCUGAUGGUCGUGUUCGGAGGCGGUAACGAGGGCAUCGUGGACGAGCUGCACGUUUACAAUUCAGCAACCAACCAGUGGUUCAUUCCAGCAGUGAGGGGGGACAUUCCAGCUGGAUGUGCAGCAUAUGGAUUUGUUUGUGAUGGAACGCGAUUGCUGGUUUUUGGUGGGAUGGUGGAAUAUGGAAAGUACAGCAAUGAGUUGUAUGAGCUACAGGCCAGCAGAUGGGAAUGGAAGAAACUGAAGGCCAGAGCACCUAAAAAUGGUCCCCCACCUUGUGCGCGUCUCGGACAUAGCUUCUCAGCAGUGGACAACAAAUGUUACUUAUUUGGAGGAUUAGCCAACGACAGUGAAGAUCCGAAAAACAAUAUCCCGAGGUAUUUAAAUGACCUUUACAUAUUGGAGCUGAAGCCAGGAUCAGGAGUUGUAGGAUGGGACAUACCUGUGACCUAUGGAACUCCGCCACCACCCAGAGAGUCGCACACAGCUGUCAUGCACUGCAACAAAGUCAAGAAACCCAAACUUGUCAUCUAUGGUGGAAUGAGUGGCUGCCGGCUUGGAGACCUGUGGUUGCUGGAUAUCGAGACUUUGACUUGGAGCAAACCAGAUGUUGCUGGGAUCCCACCACUGCCUCGAAGCCUGCACUCUGCCACAAUGAUUGGGAGCAAAAUGUACGUCUUUGGUGGCUGGGUCCCCCUGGUGCUGGAAGAUGUCAAAGCUCCCACGCAUGAAAAAGAAUGGAAAUGCACGAAUACGCUGGCCUGUUUAGAUCUGGAAACUAAUACUUGGACACAGAUCUGCACCGAUUCAUUCGAAGACAGCAUCCCUCGUGCCAGAGCAGGUCACUGUUCAGUUGCUAUAAGCACACGACUUUAUGUUUGGAGUGGGCGAGAUGGCUACAGAAAGGCUUGGAACAAUCAAGUCUGUUGUAAGGACUUGUGGUAUCUCGAAACAGAAAAGCCCCCUGCUCCUGGCAAAGUCCAGCUGGUUAGAGCAAGCACCAAUUCCCUCGAGGUCAGUUGGGGAUCUCUACCUACUGCUGACGUGUAUUUGCUGCAGCUUCAGAAGUAUGACGUCCCAACAGCCACAGCUGCCAUGACACCCUUGUCCAACUCGGCCACUUCUGCGAGUUUCAGGCCGUCUGUCAGUCCUGCUCCCGCAGCGUCUGCUCCUCCUUCGCCCUCACCAGUCCAGCCGGGAAUCCGCUUUGUUACACAGACGGCAGCCACUCUGGCAGCGCAGGCAGCGUCUCUGACUCCUGGGGGAGUUACAUCACCAGCCAUAGUGAGGAUUCCUGCAGUGGCUUCGCCAAGAAUACCUGGCGGGGCAGUGAUAAGAGGCACCACAGGACUACCAGCAACACCUGCAGCAUCAGCCACUUCCCUCAUUGCUAUGCAGCGCCAAGCUCUGUCUCAGGGGAAAGCACCCAUCACUGUAGCAACACUUCCCUCAGGUGUCCGUAUGGUGGUGCCAGCGCAGACCACAGCCAUGACUCCACUCACUUCCAGCCCUCAGAUGAGUGGGAUGGCGGCUCUGGCAGCAGCAGCAGCGGCUACACAGAAGAUUCCAUCCAGCACAGCAGUGACCUCAGUGGGGCUUCCUCCUGGUGCAACCCUUGUGAAAACUAUGGCAGUCACCACUGGUACCAAUACCAUGCCAGCCACUGUCAAGGUAGCCUCAUCGCCAGUCAUGGUUAAUACACCAGCGACCUCAAUGCUGAAGACUGCUGCUGCCCAGGUAGUGACUCCCUCUAACGCUGCCAUCUCUACCACUCCUGCUAGACCUAUCAUCACUGUGCACAAAUCAGGGACAGUCACUGUGGCUCAGCAAACACAGGUGGUCACCACAAUGGUAGGCGGAGUGACAAAAACCAUCACACUGGUUAAAAGUCCUAUCUCCAUGCCGGGAGGAAGCACUUUGAUUUCCAAUCUGGGCAAAGUGCUAACGUUACAGGCUAAACCUGGGCAACAGGCCACCCUCUCAGGCCCGGGCUCCUCGGGGCCACUUAAACAGAUCUUCCAGACCAAGGGUCAGCUGCCUCCAGGAGCCACCAUUCUGAAGCUUGUUACAUCAGCCGACGGGAAGCCAGCUACCAUCAUCACCACCUCCCAGGCAGGAAACGUCGGUCUUAAGCAGACCUUCGUAAGCCUUGGAAAUGUGUCGGCUGCAUCUUCUAAACCGUCAGGCACCACCAUUCUCAAAACCAUCCCUAUGUCUGCUCUCAUUUCACAGCCGGGAGCUGCAGGUAUCGCAGGAAGUGGUUUGAAAUCCCCCAUUACCAUCAUCACCACAAAAGUGAUGACGUCAGGAACCGGAACACCAACAAAAUUUAUCACUGCUGUUCCUAAACUGCAGACUGGGCAACAAGGACUCACCCAGGUGUUGCUGAAGGGAGCAGCUGGACAACCAGGAACUAUCCUGCGAACAAUCUCUGGGACGCCUGUGAGUGGAGUCCGACUGAUCACCCCAGUGACGGUGUCUGCCAGCAAACCAGCGCUUACAACUUUGGUAGUGAAAGGGACCACAGGUGCAAGCACGUUGGGGACAAUAUCUGGUGGAAUGAGCACAGCACUUGCGGGAUUGUCCACUGUUUCACCGACAUUCAGCACGUCCAUCGCCAAUCUUGCUGGUCAGGUCAUCAGUGCAGCGCCAAACGCUACACUUACUACUCAGAAACUGACCACUGUCCCGGGAAACAUUUCCACGGCUCCCAUCAUCACUGUCCAGCCUGUGUCUGAGACUAGCCGAGUUACAAUCGUAGCUUCCCCCAGUGGAGUGGUGACGCAGCAAGCACAGCUGACCGACGCAGCAUCUGCUCUAGUUGCAGCUCAGGUUCAGCAGCUGACGUGUGAUGCUCAGACCCAGGCCCUCGAGCUCCCUGAGCUGCCAGUGAAAUGUUCAAACCCACCUCAUGAGACUUCAGAAACCAAUACAACCAACACCUCCACAACCACCACAGCCAAUAUUGGAGCAAACCAAGUCCAACCUCCACCGACGAAUCCUCAAGGCAUCCCUGAGAGUGUGCACGGCGAAACCGCAACAGCAGGAACUACCAACACUGCCACAACAUCAUCCACUGCUCAGAGCGGUGCCGUUACCAUGGUAACACAGUCCACUCCCGCACCCGGGCCAUCAACGCAUGCCGUACAGGUUGUCCCAACAACAGAAGCAGGUGCACAACCUGCUAAUGGCGGAGAAGCUUCCACAUCCACAGCAGAACAGAGCGAUGGGCAGACUCUUCCUACCAGCUCCUCAGGUGCUGUGGCUGAAGCCAUGUUGGCUGCUCCAGUGACUGUAGAACCCAGCCAGGACGCGAGUUGUCCCAACGCAAGCCAGGAAACGCUGCCGCCUCAGCCCAGUGUUGUCCUACAGCAAGAGCAGCUCCUGCCCCCGCGGGAGCUUCUGGCAGACAGCAGGCCUGAGAACCUGGCUGAGAUGGGGCUGUCUCCCGAGGAGCUGGCUGUCGCCGCGGCUGCUGAGGAGGCUGCUCGAUCGGCAGCUCUGGAGGAAGAGGCGAAGGCAGUGGCUGCAACCACAGCUGCUGUUCAGGCAGCCUUGGAAGCCAAGGAGCCUCCGGUUACAGCAGGAGAAGAGCCAAUGGAUACAUCAGCAGCUGAUCUAGCGACUAUACAGCCAGUGCAGCUCUCCCAACAGGCUUUGCAGACGCUCGUUGCCCUGCACCCUAUUGUACCGUUGGCUGAACUUGCCCAGCAGGACAUUGAAAGAGCCAAUCAGCAGCAGGUUGCUGACAGUAGCCAGCCAUCACGGCCACCAGAGGCAUUGGCACCAGCGGACAGUCUCAACGAUUCCAUCUCGGAGACGAACGGGCCCCAUGAGCUGGCCAGCACAGUCCCGACUGUCCAGGUUCCUGUUUCAAAGAGCACAACAGAAGGUUUGUACACUGCUCUGUUGACUCCCUCGACCACCCCAGUCUCCAGUCCUAUGAAACUGCAGGCGGCCACCACUUUAGCCCAAGUAGCAAAUGGAAUUGGCGCUCCUCUCAUGAAGCCGGAGGCAUCCAGUACACAGCCAAAGCCACUAGUGAAGAAGGAGAUCAAUCAGUGGUAUGAUGUUGGUGUGUUUAAAACAACAAGCACUGUAGUGCUGUCCUACUUUCUGCCUUCCGAGGGCUCCCAAGGAGAAGAGGACGUCAGUAAGGAUGGCAUUCCUGACCACAGUAACCUGAAGAGCGUGAAGCUGCAGCCAGGCACUGCCUAUAAAUUCCGAGUGGCCGGUAUAAAUGCUUGUGGUCGGGGUCCUUACAGUGAUAUCUCGGCCUUUAAAACCUGUAUGCCUGGCUUCCCGGGAGCACCAUCUGCCAUCAAAAUCAGCAAGGUUCCUGAAGGUGCUCAACUCUCCUGGGAGCCUCCGGCUGUGACAUCCGGAACUAUUACCGAGUACUCGGUAUAUUUGGCCCUUCCAGGGUCUCAGGUAGCAGAUGCCAAACCCGUGGGGACGUCCCAUCUGCUUUUUGUACGUGUUUACUGUGGACCAGUUCCGAGCUGCCUGGUGUCUUCAACCAACCUAGCAAAUGCACAUAUCGAUACCACCACAAAGCCUGCAAUAAUCUUCAGGAUAGCGGCCAAGAACGAAAAGGGCUACGGGCCAGCCACCCAGGUCAGGUGGCUGCAAGAUGGAGCGAAGCCUGCCACUAAGCGACCGGUUGCCUCCCCUGAUGAAAAAUUAAGUGUGAACAAGAAGCCCAAGGCAGAUGGAUCCUAAUUCCUGAGUGCAUUGUGAACAAUCCCACGUGCAUUGUGAACAAUCGCCUUUUCUAGGAGCAGUGAGAAGAGUGAACUAAACCUGGUUUAGAAUGCACCUUUGUACACUGAUGUACCAGAGCGGCAUUCUGCAUUUUAAACUACUCAAGCUCGCAACGAAAAAAACACUUUACUCAAAUGAUUUUUCCAUUCGUGUACAAAAAGGAAAAAAAAACGACUGAGGAUUUUAAUUAGAAGAAUCCUGCCCUUUUUUUAUUACUGCUUAAGGGGACAGAAUUUCAAUUGGAUGUACCUGCAGUGAACUGAUGGUAUUAUUGAAGGAAAUGCCCUCUCAUUUUGAAGUGCAUUUUUUUUUUGCCAAAUGGUCGCAACAGCCACACAAAGAAUUUUACACCUGUGUUGCAAAAAGAGUAGGGAUUUUUUUUUCCUCUUAAUCCUAGACAAGCCCCUAUUUGAGAGUAGAGAUGGAAGAUGAUCUGGGAGUGCAUUUACGCAAUUGUGGCUUUUCUUGCUGGGAUAGUACGCUUUGACCGACCAGAAGAUGGGACCUUGUGAUCAAACGCGGUCUGUGAAAAGUACUUUGAGCGCCUGGGUUUUUUCUUCUUGCUUCUUGGGACGGUGAAAAUUAUUGCAGACGACUUGCUUUUGAUAUUAUAGGAAAAAAGCUUGGGGUGGCAUUUCACUUUUUCCUUUUUUUCUUUUCCCAUUUCUCAAUGAGUAGGAGAAAUUCUGCCCUAGAAUACUUAGCGGAAAGCUAUCAGAGACUAUCCCUAUAUAUUAAGCAC